UAUUUUUGAAAAGUUGUGAUAGAUUUUUAGAUUGAGCAGUUUUGCGUAUUAAUAAAUGCAAACACUAAGAAAAAGUUCCACAUUUAAGUAUUUUAGUGCCACAUUUUUAUGUACAAGUGCAGGAUGGAUCUACUAUCAAGUCCAAAAAACUCGGUUUAUUUUAAACAAUGCACUGGAUACGAGCGUUUUAAAAGCGAUGGAAACAUCGUGCCUCGACGAAGAAAAAAGCAGCGAGGAAUUUUUAGAGCUACAAAUGCUUAAAACCAAGGAUAAACAAGAUAAUCUUUCGACAACAUGGAACUCCUUGAAAUUCACCUAUUGCAGACGUCUUUUAAGCCUUACUUUCAAUGAUAAUCCUGUAAUACGAAAUAAGGCAAUAAAGAAGUUGGCAAAUGUUAAAAAAUUGGACGAUUGGCAUUGCUCUUUGUUGGCUAAUAUGAUGGAUGCUAGAACGGCAGUAGCUUUGGCCAGAACCAAAGGAGUUGACAGCAGGCUGUUUAUGAGGCCUCAGAUAAAUUAUGUCCAUUUUAAUAAGCGAAUGUUGGUUAAUGAGCUAAAAGAACUUUUGAUAGGAUUGGAGCAAAAAUCACGGCAUGUUUGCAUGCAAUAUUUUAUAUCAAAAGUUUUUAUUGAUGAACAGGAUAUAGGCAGAAUAAUUGAUAAUGAUAACACAUCCUUGGAACUGAGUAAAUUCAUCCAGUCUGCUAGCGAUUUGAUUCCAAUGUGUCUGGAGUCUUUGUUGCAUCAUGCCAGCGUAGAAGAAUAUGCUAAUGAUAUUGUUAAUUUGAACGGUUUGCCUCUUUUGAUGGAGUUACACAACAGAUUCAAAAACAAUGCUGCGGUAUCUGUGAUUCUUUGUAGAAUUAUAUCUUACAUGUCUGUUUACCCUGUGCUGUUGGAUCCUAUUUACAAAUCAGGAUGGAUUGGAGUUUUGUCUGAAUGGGUGAAUCACCCGGAUAUCAGAAUAUCGAUACCAGCAGCCAGAGCUUUAGCAAAUUUGGACGUGGACGAGCAUGCAAUCUAUUCAAAAAAAUUGUUUCUGCUGUAUCCGAUGAUGAAGAACACCAAAGAACAAAAAGUGGAUGUAAUUUUUGUGCAUGGGCUUUUGGGAGGGGUUUUUUUCACUUGGAGGCAAAGGAAUAAACACCAGACUACUCUUAGUUUAAUGGUUAAUAAAAAGUGUAAAAGAAGUAGAGAGUUCGAGUGCGUAAAUAACCCGGACAAUCUGGGCGACGUUAGUGAUGAGCACGGAGAACGUUUUCACCAGCAAAUGAAGGCUAUGGAGCGGCGGUAUCACGGCUUCUGGAAUGCAGCCAUGAUGGACACAAUAUGCCCAGAUUCAGAGGCGACAAAACCCCCACCGCCCGACGAAAAACUUUCGAAAAGCAGCGAACCGAACACUAAAGCCUACCUGGAGAGUUUCAAGGAGAUGAUAGGCGACAAAACGUGCCACGACUACGACGUCGUGCUCCACGAUCUGCCCACGAAGACCAACGGCAAGUGCUCGGACCCGCUGACCUGCCCGGGCGCAAGCUUCGCCAAGAAGGACCAGGACUACACGUUCUGCUGGCCCAAGGACUGGCUGGGCGACGACUGCAGUUUUCCCAUCCCUAACUGCAGGAACAUCAGGGUGAUCGGCGUGAACUACGACACCAGCUUGUCGAUGUGGGCGCCGAUGUGUCCCUGCGAGAACGUCAAGCCGUCCCUGGAGGAGAGAAGUUUGGAGCUGACGAACAAGCUCGUGAUGGCCGGCGUCGGGGAUAGGCCGAUCGUUUGGGUGACGCAUUCCAUGGGAGGCUUGAUCGUCAAGAAUUUGUUGUGCAACGCGUUUGAAAGUAAAGAUCAAAAAGUCAAAGCCAUAAGUUGUAACUCCAAAGCUCUUAUAUUCUAUAGCACCCCGCACAUAGGUUCGCGCUUGGCAAAUUUAAGUCAAGCGACAGCGCUGGUUUUGUGGCCAUCUGUGGAAGUACAAGAACUAAGGGAAAAAUCACCAAAGUUGGUAAAACUGCAUAAAAAGUUUCUGGCAAUGUUAAAGGAAGUUCCUUUGAAAGUAAUAACCUUUGUUGAGACCAAAUCGACCAUUGUGACCGCUAUGAAAUUUAAUUUUCUAUUCGUCGAACCGCACUCGGGAAAUCCCGGAGUUGGAGAAUAUUACGAAAUCCCACAAGACCAUUUAGAUAUUUGCAAACCCAUCAAUAGAGUCCAGAUGUCACAACUUUGGACAUCCAUAAGUCGUCCACCGAUGGACGUCUAUAAGGUGUUUAAACCAUUCCUCCAGCAUCCAGGACCUGCUUUUUUGCUUACUUUAACUGUUUUUUGCGACUGUAUUUUCAUUGCGAUGUUGCAGAAAAUUUUCUACAACAUGACUGAAAUGCCUUUUGUCUGGCUCAAAUACAUAAAAAUGAAGACUUUCGCGGUCCUUUGCAUUUUAAUCGUUGGAACGCAGGCUGUUUCCUUCUUCGAUUUGGUACAGGAACAAUGGGGAUCAUUCAAGAUCACACACAAAAAACAGUACGAAAGCGAGACCGAGGAGCGCUUCCGCAUGAAAAUCUUCAUGGAAAACUCGCACAAAGUGGCCCAACACAACAAGCUGUACGCCUUGGGCAAGGUCUCCUUCAAACUGGGCAUCAACAAGUACGCCGACAUGUUGCACCACGAGUUCGUGCAGACGGUGAACGGUUUCAACAGGACCAAGAACUCGUUGAGGUCCAGCGAGUACAACGACGCGAUCACUUUCAUCGCGCCGGCCAACGUCAAGCUUCCCGAAUCGGUCGACUGGCGGGAAAAAGGCGCCGUCACUGACGUCAAGGACCAAGGACACUGCGGAUCCUGCUGGAGCUUCAGCACGACUGGCGCUCUCGAAGCUCAACACUUCCGCAAAACUGGCAAGCUGGUUUCUCUCAGCGAGCAAAAUUUGAUCGACUGCUCCACCAAGUACGGCAACAAUGGAUGCAACGGCGGCUUGAUGGAUAACGCUUUCAGAUACAUCAAGGAGAACGGCGGAAUCGAUACUGAGCAAUCGUACCCAUACAAAGCUGAGGACGAGAAAUGCCACUACAAAGAAAGCAGCAUUGGAGCCACCGAUCGCGGUUUCGUCGACAUCGAUUCCGGAAGCGAGGAGCAGCUUCAAGCCGCCGUGGCCACGAUCGGGCCGGUCUCGGUGGCCAUCGACGCCAGCCACGAGACCUUCCAACUCUACUCCGAGGGAGUCUACUACGACGCCGAGUGCAGCUCCACCGAGCUGGACCACGGCGUCCUGGUGGCCGGAUACGGCACCGACGACGACGGCCAAGACUACUGGCUGGUCAAGAACUCGUGGGGGCCGUCGUGGGGCCAAGGCGGCUACAUCAAGAUGGCCAGGAACCGCAACAACACCUGCGGCAUCGCCACUCAAGCCAGUUACCCCGUGGUUUCUAAAUAUUUAAUUGACAUUCUAACAUCACAAAUAUCACCUUCCACUAUAAGUGAUGGUGUGCCUCAAGGAUCGCUUUUGGGACCUGCAUUGUUCCUGGUUUCUAAAAUUUUAAUUGACAUUCUAACAUCACAAAUAUCACCAUCCACUAUAAGUGAUGGUGUGCCUCAAGGAUCGCUUUUGGGACCUGUAUUGUUCCUGGCAUAUAUAAAUGAUUUACAUCCCAAGAUAAUAAACAAAAUAUAA